UCAUAGAGACGCGACACGGGGUCCGUUCACACUCACAUGUCCGCCCACUGUGUGCGUGUCUGAGCUGCAGCGGUUUGAAGGAUCAGCCUCAGACACUUUAUUGUGUUUAUGUGAUUUUAAAUCGGAGUUUGUUCACGAUGAGUGCACAGAUCACAUGUGUAGGCUGGGUGAAGAGAGGCGUCUCCAAGGAAACCCCGGACAAAGUUGAGUUGAGUAAAGAGGAGCUGGAACGCAUCAUCGCUGAAGCCAGACAGGACCUGGGGGCUCUAGCAGCUGAGGAGGAAGAGGAUGAUGAUGAAGGUUUGCCUGCAGAACCGAGUGCUGAUGAGAUCACAGCUGAAGUUGCUGAAGUUCCAAAGGACGAGAACGAAGACGGAAAAGAGGAAGAUGAUGGUCUGGCGGAGUACGGCCUGGAUAGAUACGAUGAAGAAGAUUCAGUGACGGCUAAUCUUGGUGACAGUCUGGCCGGACUCACAGUGUUCAGCUGUAAUGAGGAGGAUCCUUACAUCACCCUUAAAGAUACAGACCAGUAUGAGCGAGAAGAUUUCCAAAUCAAGCCCAACGACAAUCUCAUCCUGUCGGGCAGAGCCGAGAAGGACUGCUGCAACCUGGAGAUCCACAUUUAUAACUCGGAGGAGGAAUCUCUGUAUGUGCAUCAUGAUAUCCUGCUGCCAGCUUAUCCACUGUGUGUGGAGUGGCUCAACUUUGACCCAACUGGAGAAGGAACAGCAAACUACGCCGCUGUGGGCAACAUGACUCCUCAGAUAGAUGUGUGGGACCUGGAUGUUGUGGACUGUUUGGAGCCAGUUUUCUCUCUGGGGAGCAAGAAAGCAUCAAAGAAGAAAAAGAAGAGCAAGAAGGGCGCAGCAGAGCCUGCGGAGGGACACACAGAUGCAGUGCUGGAUUUAUCCUGGAACACACUGACCAGGACUGUGUUGGCCAGUGGAUCAGCAGACAACACUGUUAUCUUGUGGGAUCUGUCUCAGGGCAAAUCAGCCACAACUCUGCGCAGACAGACUGAUAAGGUUCAGACGAUAUCAUUCCACCCGUUUGAGGCCCAGACUCUGAUAGCAGGAUCAUAUGACAAGACUGUGGUCCUGUACGACUGCCGCAGUCCAGACACCAGCUAUCGAACCUGGAGGUUUAGUGGUCAAGUGGAGCGUCUGGUCUGGAACCACUUCUCACCCUGCAACUUCCUGGCGAGCACAGAAGACGGCUUCGUCUACUGUCUGGACGCACGCUCAGAUAAACCUGUUUUCACACUGAGGGCUCAUGAUGAAGAGGUGUCAGGUUUGGCCCUCAGCAGCCAGAUUAAAGGAUGUCUGGUCACAUCGUCGGCCGACAAACACGUUAAAAUUUGGGACAUUUUGGGAAACAAACCCAAUCUGGUGCAUACACGGGACAUGAAAAUGGGAGUGCUGUUCUGUGCAUCGUGUUGCCCUGAUCAGCCUUUCGUCUAUGCGUUUGGAGGACAGAGGGAUGGCUUGAGGGUUUGGAAUAUCAGUGAUGUUGCAGCAGUGACUGAGGUGUUUGGUAGUCGGGAGCGCUUGGUGGUGAACACAGGAAUUCAGGCCUCCAGCAGCGCAGCCGCAGCAGAGAUGGACGUCUCCUAGUGAAGCAGCAGCCUGUAAACACGAAUAAACAUGAGCUUCCCUGGAAAGUCAUGAAGCUGCUCCGCUUGUCGCUGUGUUCCUCGUAGUGCUGCAGGAAAAGGAUCAACUGAAGCUGAGACACUUGGCCUCAGUGAAACUGGGGCCAAAAGGUUCAAAAGACUUUGAAAUUUGUUCAGUUAAAAUGUUCUUAUAUUCAUACAGGUGAAUAUUUCCAGCAAAAUGUGCAAGCAAGGAUUCAAAUAUUUGUAUUUCUGUUUGAAUUGUUUAUUUGAUUUCCCGACAGUUUGCCUUGACUUGUACAGAUGUACAAAUAAUAUGUUAAGUUUUCACAAAGUAUACAAGAAACUGGGUUAUAACUUCUAUUAUCCCACAUGUAUGUUCAUCAUAAUACAUAUGAAAAUGAAAUAUUAAUCGAACCUAGUGUACAAAGAUCUGUGCACAAACAUGGACUGUUCAAAAUACUGCGUCAUCAAUAAAUACAGUUUUAAAUGUA